UUCCCUUCUGCUUUCUAGUGAACGUGUGGUAUGCAUAUAAAUAGUUUAUACUUUAUGGGAAAUACUGUGUUUUGAUAAAGUUCCAGACGAAAGUACGACGAAUUUAUGCCAUUGAGAGUGACGGUUUAUCUCAUACCAUGAGGAUUUCCAUACUGUUCUUCAUCAUUUAUGGGACUUUCGCCUUGGUAAGAGUUAAUGGUAUGGAGACACAGCCUAGUGGCAUAGAGAUCCAGCCUCAUAACUCAGUCGAAAGGCCAUUAUCAGCAGAAGAAUUGUCAUGUACGUCUAGAUCACCAGAAGCAAUUUCUGGAGAGGACACGCGUCUUCCACCCUCCCUCAAACCAGUCCGUUACCUGAUACGACUUCAGCCUUUCGUUAAUGGCAAUUUCAGCAUCUUCGGCUUCCUGGAGGUGGAAAUGGAGGUCCUGGAGACGACCUACAACAUCACACUCCAUAUGCUCGAUAUUAUCACGAAGAAUGACACAGUCAAGGUGUUGGCUUCGGGAGGCGUGGAACAGCGCCAGGUUGGAAUUAAGAGUCAGAACUAUGACCCUGUGCGUCAAUUCUAUGUCGCCCGAACGGAGGAAGAGCUGACGAAAGGGGAGAGGUACACUCUGCAAAUGGAGUUCCUCGGAUACCUCAACGACCAGCUUCGUGGCUUCUACAGGUCGACCUAUAAAGAUGUUGACGGGACUGCCAAGUAUUUGGCUGUGACCCAGUUUCAACCCACGUACGCCCGCCGAGCUUUCCCGUGCUUCGACGAGCCGGGUAUGAAGGCGACCUUCGAGGUUCACCUGGCGAGGGAGACCUGGAUGACGUCACUCUCCAACAUGCCCCUCGCCGAGACGCGACCUGCGAAAGGUCAGAAGGGUUGGGUGUGGGACCGCUUCGAGAGGAGCGUCCCCAUGUCCACCUACCUCGUUGCCUUCGUGGUGUCGGACUUUUCUUACAUCGCUUCCACCAGUGGCGAGGGCAUUCUCUUUCGAGUGUGGGCGCAGUCGUCGGCCAUUCGACAAGCGGAAUAUGUCAGUCAACUCGGCUCAAAGAUUUUAGCAUUCUAUGAGGCAUACUUCAAUGUGUCUUACCCGCUCCCGAAAAUGGAUAUGGUAGCGGUGCCGGAAUUACAAGCGCAGGGCAUGGAAAACUGGGGUCUGAUUACGUUCAGAGACAGGGAAGUGCUGUACGACCCCGAGGUGAACUCCGCAAGGGCCAAGGAGAGCUUGGUCGACGUCGUGGCCCACGAGCUGGCGCACCAGUGGUUCGGCAACCUGGUCACGCCCAAGUGGUGGGACGACCUCUGGCUCAACGAGGGAUUCGCGACCUUCAUGGCGUUCGUCGGGAGUACGCAUGCAGAGCCAUCAUGGAAGAAAAUGGAAAAAUUCACCACCGAGAAACUGCAAAAAAUAUUUGAGACUGACAGCCUCGAGUCCUCUCACCAGAUCAGCCUCCCGGUUAUAAAAGCCAGCGAGAUCUCGGAAAUUUUCGACGGAAUCGAGUACAACAAAGGGGCUUCUAUUAUCCGCAUGAUGAUAUAUUUCCUGGGCGAGUAUACCUUCCGGAAAGGACUCAGCAGUUACCUCAACGCCUUCGCAUACAGCAACGCAGAACAGGACGACCUUUGGGAACACCUGACAGCCGCUGCUCACCGUGACCGAAAGCUUCCCGAGAGCUUAACUGUGAAGACGAUCAUGGACACGUGGACGCUGCAGAAGGGCUUCCCCGUCGUCAAGGUAGCGAGGAGUUCGGAUGGUACCUCCGCCGACGUCUCUCAGGAACAUUUUUUGUUAAUGAAGGAGGAAAAGUCGUGUCGGACCCAAGACUUACGAUGGUGGGUUCCUCUCAGCUACACGUCGCAGGCCGAGGCCAACUUCGACCAGACAGAAGCUAUUGGCUGGAUGAAGGACUCCGAUCAGAGAAUUUCUAUCACGUCACUGCCUCCGAACGACCAGUGGGUCAUCUUCAACCUGCAACAGACAGGCUACUACAGAGUCAACUACGACGACCACAACUGGGGCCUCCUCAUCCAGCAGCUGAAGGAGGACCACGAGGUCAUCCACGUCGUCAACCGAGCGCAGAUCAUUGACGAUGCCAUGAAUCUUGCUAAAGCCGGUCAGUUAAGCUACACUAUAGCCUUGGACGUCUUCGCUUACCUGGGGAAGGAGAGGGAACACUUGCCGUGGAUGUCCGGUUUGUCGAACCUCACCUAUGUGAUGCUCAUGUUCCAGCGGACACGUGCUUUUCCUGCUCUGAUGCGUUAUAUCAUGGACUUGAUUUCGCCUGCCCUGGGAUCGAACUGGGGCGCGGAGGAGAGCAUGGGCAAAACUCUCGCUGUGCUGGCGUGCAGUCUGGGUCUUCAAAGCUGCCGAGCUGAGUCGCUGCGUCUAUUUCGCCGAUGGAUGAGGCAGCCCGAGAACAGGACUAUCAUCUCUCCAAACCGUCGGGUAGAGGUGAUGUGCACGGCCAUAAAGGCAGGCGGCGAAGAGGAAUGGAACUUCGUCUGGAACGAGUACCUGAAUUCCAACGCUGAGCAUGAAAAAAUCAUCUUCCUCGCUUCUCUAGGAUGCAGUAGAAAUGUCACCCUUUUGUCGAGAUAUUUGGAGCUGGGUUUCAAUCCUGGUACUGGAACAAGAAAGGACGAUUUUAGGAUAAUUUUCAUCUCCGUCGCGAAGAAUAUUAUCGGACGUCAGAUAGCCUGGACCUUCUUGAAAAAACACUGGAAUGACAUCUUAUCGUACGGGAAAAGGAAAAGAGGAGUCUUACUGCGCCAAGUAACCGGCUCUUUUAAUACACAUCGAGAUAUCAAGGACUUGGAGCACUUCUUGCAAGAUAGAAACACCGAUCUGACGGAAGUUACAAAAACCGCUGAACAGGUGGUGGAGAGAACCAAGAAUAACAUCAUGUGGAUGGAGAAGAAUUUCCACGAGAUUGUUGAGUUUCUGGAAGAUCAUGGCCAUGCACCUCCAAAGCCUCGUUAAGCUUAGCUAUGGAAAAUUUGUAUAAUUCUGCUAAUGUAAAUAUAAAUUCAUUUACAUUCACAAAGUCAAAUAUAUAAGCAACAUUAUAAAAA